AUGGCUUACAGCCUGUCGCACUCAUACUUUGGCGCCAACUUCAUUUCCGACUUCAACUUUAUCAACUACGACGACCCUUCCAAUGGCUUUGUAAGGUACCAGAGCCAGCCCGAUGCCCUCGCAAAGGGCCUCUACUCGAUCAACCCAAACACGAAGGCCGUGACGCUGGGCGUCGACAACACCAACGUCUACGGCCUCGAUGAGGGGCGGCCGAGCUUGAGGCUCGAGAGCAAGAGACAAUAUAACCAUGGCCUGUUCAUCGGGGACUUUGCGCAUAUGCCGCCGUCUGUCUGUGGAUUGUGGCCAGCAUUCUGGAUGUACGGGACGGAUUGGCCCGUGGAUGGCGAGAUUGAUAUCAUUGAGGGCGCCAAUCAGGCCACCACGAAUAUAAUCUCUGGACACACCACGCAAGGAUGCCGUCUCCCGGACGCGCCACAAGCCGCCGGCGAACCGCUGCUUCGAGACUGCGAAAGCCCAGGUACCACCAACAACGCCGGCUGCAACUACCUGCCCCCCGCGUCUCAACCGCACACAUACGGCGAUUCGUUCAACGCCGUCGGCGGCGGCGUAUACGCCCUCGAGUGGACCUCAGAGGCCAUCCGCAUCUGGCACUGGCCGCGGCAUGGCAUCCCCAGCGACAUCGUCGCCAAGACCCCCGACCCGUCUACUUGGGGCCUGCCUUCGGCGCUGUUCGGGACUUCGAGCUGCGAGGUGGACCGGUACUUCAGAAAUAUGAGCAUUGUGAUUCAGACGAACUUCUGUGGUGAUUACGCCGCCACUAUAUGGGGCAGUGACGGAGAUACCUGCAAUCAGCGGGCCCCGACCUGCGUCGAAUACGUGGCGAAUAACCCUGAUGCCUUUAGUAACGCAUACUGGGAGGUCAACUACAUUGACGUAUACCAGCCCAGUGCUGUCGAUAACGCGGGCCCAGCGGAGCCGACAACGACGACGACCAUUAAGGUCACUUCCACAAUCUACAAGACGGUGCCGAAUCCCGCCACCAUGAUGACGAGCAUCAUGCAGAACGGCACCGUGCUCGUCUCCUCCAUGAGCGGCAACCCGGCGGGCCCGACGGCCACCGCUCCGCCGAGCCCGUCCACCGACCCGAUCGUCCCGGGGCGCGAUCCGGCCACCGUCGGCGAGUACGCGUACCUCGGCUGCUACGGCUCAACGACCGGAUUCCAGACGUUCUUGCUCAGAGCCUCGCUGCCGGAUUUGACGGUCGAGAAGUGUGUUGACCUGUGCAGGCCUGGUAGAUAUGCCGCCCUCCGUGGAAGCGAAUGCUUCUGCGCGGAGGCCCUCGACCCGGACACCAGAGCCGAGGCGGACCGCGGGCGCUGCGAUAUCCCCUGCCCGGGCAACAGUGUGCAGCUCUGC